AUGGUGCAGACUUUACGAGAGAAGUUUGAACCGGCGUGGCUGACAUUGGCACUACAGGGAACGAAUGCGAUCUCCUCUUCUGCGAAACGGGGACACUGGUUCUUGCACUUGCGCUAUUGGAGAAGAAUGCGAGAUGAUUUUGGUCGUUUCGCUGCGCUUUCUGAAAACCGUUACAGUCACAUUUGGGAGAGCUUCACUGCAAUGGCGUUUGUUAAGGCUCAGAAAUCGAAGGCCUACUUCAAGAGAUAUCAAGUGAAGUUCAAGAGAAGAAGACAGGGGAAAACCGAUUACAGAGCCAGGAUUCGGUUGAUUAACCAGGAUAAGAACAAAUACAACACCCCAAAAUAUCGAUUUGUGGUUCGAUUUACCAACAAGGACAUCAUCGCUCAAGUAACAUCUGCUAGCAUUGCUGGCGAUAUUGUCCUUGCUGCAGCAUAUGCACAUGAGCUGCCACGCUAUGGUCUUGAAGUAGGCCUUACAAACUAUGCUGCAGCUUAUUGCACUGGGCUCUUGUUGGCCCGUCGGGUGCUUAAAAGGCUUGAAAUGGACGAGGAGUAUGAAGGAAAUGUUGAGGCCACUGGAGAGGAUUAUUCAGUUGAACCUGCCGAGACCAGGAGGCCUUUCCGUGCUCUCCUUGAUGUUGGUCUUAUCAGGACUACCACAGGAAAUCGUGUCUUUGGUGCCCUUAAGGGAGCUUUGGAUGGAGGUUUAGAUAUUCCUCACAGUGACAAAAGGUUUGCUGGCUUUGAUAAGGAUAAGAAGGAGCUCGACGCUGAGGUUCACCGCAAAUAUGUCUUUGGUGGACAUGUUGCUGCUUAUAUGAAGACCUUGAUUGAAGAUGAGCCAGAGAAAUACCAGACACACUUCAGUGAUUAUAUCAAGCGUGGAAUAGAGCCUGAUGGUUUGGAAGAGCUCUACAAGAAUGUUCAUGCUGCCAUCCGAGCUGAUCCUACUUUCAAGAAAUCUGAGAAAGAGCCACCAAAGGAGCACAAGAGAACAUCUGCUCCGGGCUUUUGGUACAACCUGAAGAAGCUUACCUACGAAGAGAGGAAGGCCAAGUUGAUUGCACGCUUGCAAGCUCUCAACUCUGCAGCUGGUGACGACGAAGAUGAUGAUGAUGAGUGA